AUGUGGCAACGAAUAAUUCACGCUGGUGUUUUUGGGGGCGAAGAUGUAGCCCAAAUUGUUCAUCUUCCCACGUUUGUAUCCCUGUCAAGGCUCUUCAAAGUGAAAAUUAUAUGUGAUAUCUCCUUGAAGACCGCAACACAUUGUGCCAAUCGAUUUGGCAUUCCACGGCCGACAACAGAUCCAACUGAAGUAUUCAACGACAGUGAGAUUGAUGCCGUCGUGGUAAUUACGUCAGAUGAAUUUCAUGGCCCUUACGCCAUUGCAGCUCUUCAGGCAGGAAAGCAUGUAUUUGUUGAGAAGCCGAUGACUUUGAGUUUGGAAGUUGCAAAGGAGAUCAUCGAUGCAGAGUUCUCUGCGCCAAAUGGCGCCCGUGUUUUUGUCGGCUACAUGCGACGCUAUGCACCUGAUCUUAAUGCUUUCAAGCACGAAGUUGCGUCCGUCGAUUGUAUCAAAUUCGACGAUAUUCCAGCCGAGGCAGAAAAAUACAGGAAAGAGAAACUACAAGCGCUGUUAGGUCAAGCCUGGGGAAUUCCAUCCGCAGACCUUAGCCCAGAACAGAUGAACUACUGUUGUCUCCUUGCCAAUCUUGGAAGCCAUGGUCUCAGUCUGAUGAGAGAGGUACUUGGUGGGCUUCCCUCAGAGGUACUUGCAUCAACAGAUAAUGCUCGGUGGUAUACAACAAUGUUCGAGUACCAAAAUAAGUCCAAUGAUGAGAGAUUCACAUGUCUUUACGAGACAGGAAUUAACUUUGUGCCAAGAUUCGAUUCUCAGGUUGCAAUUUUCGGAGAGAAUAAGUCUGUCUCGAUCAAUUACGACACUCCCUUUGUCGGAGGUCUGGGGAUCACUGUGAAGAUUGACGAGCUGAACGAGUAUGGGGAAAAAUCUCACAGAUCACUCCAAACAUCAUACGAAGAUGCAUAUUCAGCUGAGUUGAGAGAAUGGUAUGAUUGCAUUGUGAAUGGGAAAGCAAUCAAAACCACCUGUUCUGAUGCGGUUGAAGAUUUGAAACUCUUCAAAAUGAUGAUGGAUAAAUAUCCCGCGUAUAAAAGAGCUAAAGGUAGCUGUGGGUCGGAUGAAUUUCUCCCGUCAGGCCCAUGA